AUGCGCCUGCUCUCCUCCGAGGACCCUACCCCACCGGACGGCUUCCUCCGGGACACCAAUGACAUCAUCCUCCACCCGGCGGCUGCCGUCCCCACGGGCCCCGCGUUGUCGGUCCCAGCCACCGGCGGGAAGCUGGAAGAUGACGGUGGCUUUACCCUAGUCGUGGGCAGGAAGAGGAAGCGGGGGAAUGCCCAGGCCACCCUCGGCCCUGUUGCCCCGCCACCCGCUCCGCGCCAUGGUCCGCCGAGGGGCUGGUUUCGGCACCAUGCUCGCCCCGCUCCUCCUCCUCCGAGCCGCCGUAUUCCGCCCGCAGCCCGGGUGAGGCCUACUGCCACGGCCAGCGGCCCAGCUUCUUCUCGUGCACUUGCUCCCAGCAUCCCUGCUGCCACGGCCAGCCCAGCUUCGUCUCCUGCACCUGCUGCCAGCAUCCCUGCUGCCACGGCCAGCGGCCCUGCUGCGACCCCUUCUCCCAUCAUCCCUCAGGAACCGGACGACAUGGAAAAGGAGCGAUCCCUUCACUUACAGUUCCGGGAGGAGAUGUCAAAGCUGAAAGGCAACAAGAUAUACUGUCUGAUCUGCUAUUUGAAGCGUGACCAAAAACUAGUGACUAUGCAGAAUGAUCGGGAUGAUAUCAACCAUCACAAUAGUGCAUCUCACAAGGGGCGUCUUGUAGAUUGUCCAAGUAAGGGCUGCCUUUUGGUGGCAACUAACAGACACGACAUUGGCAUUCAUGCCAUUUGUUGCCACCCUCACAUGCUCUGAAGGCCAAGGAUUUGCUCAAGAGGUACAUCGACCGUUGAGGAGUGUGUUCUGCGGCUUCCGGGUGCUUAUGAGACUGCCUGUGCAGGGGGAAUGCUUCCUUGAGUUGAACGAUUUACUCUUGUUGGUUUGUUGUUCAUUUUCUGCUUUAUAGACCUUGCUGGAUGAUGCCUGCUACUAAGACUGCUUGUUAAUGUUACCGAUUUGGUAACCUAUCCAGCUUUUUCUUUGGUAUGCGAAGAUCUAUCCUCGUUUGUUAAGUACACUGGGUCUUGAAGUUGCUGCAUAAUUCUGUUUUGAAAUUGUUGCAAGAGAAGAGAAUGAUGUAUUUGCAUUGUUGCACCUGCACCAACUAUGAUAUGAAUACGGCUUUUCCUA